AAACUACUAAGUGCUUUCAUUUUCUUUUCAAUCACUAGGGCCGCGCCGAGUCAACCCAACGCCCACUCUUCGACACUUUACCCAUCUUCCACUCUUGCCCUUUUUCUAUAUAUUCUCCCCACCCUUCACCUGUUUCUCCCAUUUCUUUGCUUUUUGGUUGCUGCCGCUUCUUCAAGAGAGAGGGCUCUCUUUUCUUUCUUGGGUUUCCUUUUUUCUUUUCUGCUUUCACUGUUCCGGCUCCAGAAGAACGUUUGAGUGUUUUCACGGUUGGGAGCUUUGGGGAUUUUCCAUCAUAGAAAGACUUUUUGAUCAAGUUUAGUCCCAGAGGCAAUGGAGGUAUAUGGCAAAACCAUGGCUGCUGUCCCUGCAAAUGUUAUUUAUUUGUCUACUAUUUUGGGCCGUGAUGGCCCUAUUCCUGUUCACAAAUGCGAUUGGAAAUGUCAAAAUGAACAUGUUUGUGGCAACAUGUAUCGCUGCAAACUAACAGGAAUCACACACAUCUGUGACAAGAAUUGUAACCAGAGAAUUUUGUAUGAUAACCAUAGUUCCCUUUGCCGGGCAAGCGGCCAGGUCUUUCCCCUUACUCAAGCUGAGGAACAGGCGGUCAGAGGCGUCAGGAGGAAGCUUGAUGCUGACAAUUCCCCACCCUCUGAUAGCUGUUGUUUUAAGCGCAGGCGCAAUGCGCAGUUUCAUCCUUCUCCUUUCGAGAGAUCUUUCUCUGCUGUUAGUCCGAUCUGCAGCCAAGUUGGAGAUGGCAUGGAUAUGAGCUAAGAUUAGAUUAGAUUUUAGGUUACAUAUAUAGUAUCAUAUUAUUAUCCUUCAAGACUCCUAUACUUGUUUCACUUAUCGUGUUCCAUUGAAUCUUUGCCAUUUUGCUUCCUUUCAUGGGAGAAAUAUGGAUAAAUGGAUAAUAGACUUGAUGUUGAUGGACGUUGGCGUUCUACUCGCCUGUAGGAAAAACACUUUUAUUUCUUAUCUUUCCUAAUGCUAUGUAGCUCCUAGCUUCGUUAUGAAACUUGAAUUUAAUUCAGUUUCUUUCUAACUCUUCUUAUACUAAGAUUUAUCAACUUUCACAGCUACAUGGUGCUUCUAGGUCCUUGGUAGGAGUUAAAUUGUCAAGAUAUUCAUUUAGCAGUUCCUUGGUUAUUUAUGUUUAUUCUAAUUGUUAAUGUUGCACCUUUCUUAAUUAUUUUAUUGAACUUGAGCAUUUGUGGAUGUAUGGUGCUAUAUUUGAUUGUUAACCUAGCUCUGAAUCGUAUUGAUAGUGUGGAAUCAGUUAUAGCUUUUCAUUUUAUAAAUAUUGUACCUAUUUUCAUGGUUUGCCAUUAUUUUUCAAUGUGAUUCUAUAACUUUUUGCUUUGUGUUUUGACUAGUUGAAUGCAGGUUGAAGAGGAAUGGCAUGGCUAUUGUCAUGCGUUUUUUACAUUUUAGUUUAUUCUUUUCUCUUCCUUUUCUUUUUCCCCAGUUAAUUUGUUAUAUGAGACCUGAAGUAUAUGUUGAUUUUGCAGGGGUUGAAAGUGUGCAAUUCAGGAGAGUUUAAAUAUGCAUUUGCAAUAAUGAAUGAAUUUUUCCAUUUCCGGGUUUUUAUGGAUCGAAAUGUUCUGACUUUCAUAUUUUUUAAUAAUUCUUGUGCAGGUAAAUUUUUCAUUGCUUGUGUUAGAUGUCAAAACCAUGCCUGUUACUGCUGGUGAACUAGGUUCCAUGAUAUGCUUGCUGCCUGCUAUUAGCAGUCUGGCUUUUUCCCCCACAGAAUGCAAGGUGGUUCAACCUUACACAAGUCAAACAUUAAAUUGCCAUCUUCAGACAACAGCAAGGUAGAACUAUUGCUAGUUCCAUGUAAAUGUGUACUGUUUGAGUUUUGCACAUGGAAGAACUGCUACGUGCUAGUGCUUAUAAAUUACCCAUGCUUUUGCAACUUUGGUGGGGAGAAGAAACCAAUGGGUAUCUUCUGCUUGGCUGCUCUUGAACAAAUGUUGUGUUAAUGCUGCUGUCUUUCUGAAUAAUAGCAGACGUAUUUUGAGGUUUGAACCUGAUUUGCCAAAUUAAAAUGGAGUUAUAAGCAAGGUGAUUGAUCCCCUUACCAUUUAAUUACUUGGUUUCUCUGUGCUGAGAAUGAAAUAACAAUAUCGUUUGACUUCUAUUGGAUCAGUUGCUGAAAACCUUUGGCCUCUAUUUGGAACCAAUGAAGAAGUGAGAUAACCAUUUAUGGACAGAGAAUCAAAUUGUGCUUAUCAGAAAGCUCCUUGUUCCAGCUGAAUCAAAGUGCAUGCUAACAAAAAAUUUUGGGAAAAAUAGGCUGUAGUGCUGAAUUUAGCGAAGAAGUUGGAUGUGUUUUAGGUAGCUGAACUGUACAGCUGGUAGUUGCCUGGAUUGUGUCCGACUUGAAACAUCAAAGCUUUGCUAAUUGCAAUGUCGAAAUCUUGCUAUUCCAUUGCAUGAUUCUUGUUUUUUGUCCCGGCAAUUGUCAGGGCUAGCAAAACACUUAAGGUAAGAGGAACUGAUGCUGAGUUUUACCUGGUGAGGUGGAUCCAGGUUUGAGUUGCUGAGCCGCAGACCAAGGAACUUGUUAUAAGUUGUGCUAUCCUGAAACAUUGAAGUUUUGUCAAACCCAACUCUGACAAACCCAACUCCGAAGUGCCGCCAAGACUUGUUCCUUUUUGUUCAUCCAAUCCUGCCAUACUUGGAAGCUGCAACCACUCAGCCUGUAAGCUGUUUGAAUGCUUAAUAUUGUCAAGCAGUGUUCCUCGAAUUCUUAAAUGUAGUUAUGAUAGGUAGUUUUGAUUUACCUAGUCUCCUAGCUAAGAUCAUCACUUAGCUUAGUUGUAACAACUCCCUCUUUUCUUCCCCAUUUACCACUGCUGGUCCGUAUUUGUGAUUUAUGACCUUGCAAAAGAAGCAAAAAUUGUGCAAUUAAUUUUAGGGUUAUGCUGGUACAACAUUUAUAUGUAAUUGAUUCUUACAAGCAUUGUAUUCGAAUUUUUCAUGGAAGGAAAUAUUAAUCAUGUUGUUUAAGGAGUAGUUAUGAACUAUAUAUAAAUCCUUCUACCGCAUUGUAAAAUUUCAGUUCUGGGGUUGAGUCGGUCCAUUUUAGCCUUUUUAUAACAGAUCCGGACUCGGGUUUAAGCUAAAAGCCCAUUCUAGAAUAAAACCAAAUCCAGAAACAAAAAAAUAUAGGAUGCUGU